GCACAAGAGGACACAAACCAGGGGAGUGCGAAAUAUCGGGGCUGUGCUCUCACUACUCUCACUUUUCCCACCACUAAGUUUGCGUGAAUAAACCCCAAUUAGGUGAGCGAUGUGGAGAAAGACGCAGGUGCGCAAAAACGGACUCCCCAUUCCUCUCCGCACAGAGAAGGACCUGGAUUUGCAGCGCAAGAGGUUUUCUUUUCUUUCCUUUUAUGCGCAUCGUGGAAGUUGUUGCAUCUGCACGGUUCUGCCUUCUUAACCUGGUCUGGUAAAUCCUCAUAGAUGGUAUUUCUGUGCGCAGUUUCAUGGCUUUGGUUCACUGAGGACCAUCCGAAGCGCGGACAUGGCAGUGUCGAAUAUGCUGUUCUCUGACGUAGAAAGUUUCCUGGACUCGCACCCCGACCUGUUCGAGGACUACCUAAACAGGAAAGGAAAUUACAGCAUGGUGGAGAAAUGGUUAAAGAAGAACCAGGCGAGUAAGAGUCCGGCGGCCGCUGCGCCCGCAGCCGCCGCCGAGGAGAAGCGCGGCGCGUGCAAGGACAGCUGGGCGAGCAAGUGCGACGGUCUGCAGAGGAGAGCGUCUCAGAAAGAGCUGCGCAAAACUUUCGCCAGGUCUAAAGCCAUUAACGUGAAUAGGACCUACGAUGAGCACGUCAACACCAGGGCGCAGGAGCCUCUGACCAGCAUGAGGAGGAGAGCUCUGCUGAGGAAGGCGAGCUCCCUGCCACCGACCACCGCGCACAUCCUGAGCGCGCUGCUGGAGUCCAGAGUCAACAUCCCCCAGUACCCGGCCACGGCUGUGGAUUUUAAAUACCGCCUCAAAGAGCACAGCGAGAGAGAGUUCUUCUUGGAACUGGUGAAAGACAUAUCCAACGACCUGGACCUGACCAGCCUCAGCUACAAAAUCCUGGUGUUUGUUUGUAUCAUGGUGGAUGCAGACCGGUGCUCCUUGUUUUUAGUGGAAGGAACUGGCAACAAGAAAACACUGGUGUCUAAAUUCUUUGACGUGCACGCAGGGACCACCGUUUUACCCUCCAUGAACUCAGAUGAAGUUCAGGUUCCAUGGGGGAAAGGAAUCAUUGGUUAUGUGGCUGAGCAUGGAGAGACAGUGAACAUCCCUGACGCCUAUCAGGAUCGCCGAUUCAGUGAUGAAAUUGACAAGCUGACGGGCUACAAAACCAAGUCCCUUUUAUGCAUGCCCAUUCGCAACAGCGAUGGUGAGAUCAUUGGAGUCGCUCAGGCCAUCAACAAGACUUCCAGUGGGGAACUUUUUACUGAGGAUGAUGAAAAGGUCUUGCAGAUGUACUUGCCUUUUUGUGGAAUCGCUAUCUCCAAUGCUCAACUCUUCGCUGCCUCCAGAAAGGAGUAUGACCGGAGUCGGGCACUCCUAGAGGUGGUCAAUGACCUGUUUGAAGAACAGACUGACCUGGAAAAGAUUGUCAGGAAGAUCAUGCACCGUGCCCAGACUCUUUUAAAGUGCGAGCGCUGCUCCGUUCAGCUGCUGGAGGACAUUGAGUCGCCGGUGGUCAAGUUCACCAAGUCCUUUGAACUUCUGUCUCCAAAAUGCAGUGCAGAUACUGAAAGCAGUUUCAAAGACAGCAUGGAAAAAUCUUCCUACUCAGACUGGCUGAUCAACAACAGCAUUGCAGAGCUGGUGGCAUCAACAGGUCUCCCUGUGAACAUUAGCGACGCCUACCAGGAUCCUCGCUUCGAUGCUGAGGCAGACCAGUUCUCAGACUUCCACAUUCGCUCUGUUCUCUGUGUUCCCAUAUGGAAUAGCAACCACCAAAUUAUUGGUGUGGCUCAAGUUCUGAACAGAUUGGAUGGGAAACCGUUUGACGAUGCAGACCAACGUCUCUUUGAGGCCUUUGUGAUAUUUUGUGGAUUGGGCAUCAACAACACAAUCAUGUACGACCAGGUGAAGAAAUCUUGGGCCAAGCAAUCUGUGGCUUUGGAUGUUCUGUCUUACCAUGCCACUUGCUCCAAGACUGAAGUUGAUAAAUUUAAGACGGCGGGUUUCCAGGAGACGCUGACCGAGCUGGAGAUCUUAGCUCUUAUUGUGGGUUGUGUGUGCCAUGACUUGGACCACAGGGGCACCAACAAUGCUUUCCAAGCCAAGACGGGUUCAGCCCUCGCUCUGCUUUAUGGGACCUCUGCUACCCUGGAGCACCACCACUUUAACCACGCUGUUAUGAUCCUGCAGAGCGAGGGGCACAACAUCUUCUCCAACCUCUCUUCCACGGAGUACAGCGACCUCAUGCAGCUGCUGAAGCAGUCUAUUCUGGCCACAGACCUCACACUUUACUUCGAAAAGAGAAACACAUUCUUUGAACUUGUCAGUAAAGGGGAGUACAACUGGAAUGUGAAGGCUCACAGAGACAUUUGCAGAUCUAUGAUGAUGACAGCCUGCGAUCUUGGAGCCGUCACAAAGCCAUGGGAAAUAUCCCGCAAGGUUGCAGAGUUGGUGACGGGUGAAUUCUUUGAGCAGGGAGACCGAGAACGACUGGAGCUAAAGCUCACGCCCUCCGCCAUCUUUGACCGUAACAGGAAGGAUGAGCUCCCAGGGCUGCAGCUGGAAUGGAUUGAUGGAAUCUGCUCGCCUCUGUAUGAGACUCUUGUCAAGUUGAAUCCCAAACUUCAGCCGAUGGUUGAUAUGAUCCGAGCAAACAGGGCCAACUGGGAGGAACUGAACAAGAAGAGACAAAGUGGGCAGAAUGACUCCGCUCCCACCAGCCCCCACAGUGUUGAAGCCACGGAAAGCACAAGCUGCUCAGGUGCAAAAACCAGCAGCACACCGUGUUGCAGCGGCGACUAUGAAAGCACACCAUCCAAGACGGCCAGUUAGCUUCUGCUGAAGAGCUUGAACGUUGUUGGCCUUUUUAUUCUUCAGAAUGCAGCCUGUAGCAGAGGCAGUGCAUGCAGAGGUUCUUGGGCUCUGCUCCUCUUCGCUUUGCAACUAGAGAUGAGCUUGAACUAUUGAGUAUGGUAUGAUCUUGGGGGUUUUCAGAUUACCUUCAGAUUCAACGUGAUGAAGGCUGACAGAGCCGCACCUGGCAGGCUUAAUGGAGCGGCGACACCUUUUAAGGGAGGGAAAGAUACUCGAACCACUGUGUUCCUUCAACCUUUUGCAAAAAGACAAUACGCCUGGUUAUUUUCUCAGUUUUUUUUUUUAUGCUAUUGGUUUCUGUGUUGCUAAUAUUUUGACCAGAGUUUAAAGAUUUUUUUUGUAAAUUUGUAAAUAAGAUGUGGAGUUGUUAAAACUGUAUGCAUUGGAUUGGAUUGUGGUUGUAGACCUUCUUCUGAAGGGUGGAGAAAUGUGCUGCUGUAGGACCUGUGGCUUUCAAUGCAAACUGAAUUAUGUGCUCCCUCCUUUCCUGUGCCUUGUUUCAAGAUCCUACUGAAAAAUGCAUGGCCUCUGUGUUGAGGGUCUCACGUUAUUGAAAUCCCUGUUGAACCGUGCUGAAUUUCUGCCAUAAUUUGUAAAACCAAUGACUGCAGCUAUAUGUCUUGACUUCUUAGUUUACCGCAAAAGAAUUGUGAGAUUUAACAAAUGGAAAUAUAUUUUGGCCCAGUUUUAUACAGUACAGGGCCUCCCUUGUCACACAAACCUACACAAUGUGCCUUGAGAAGGUUACUCUCAUAUCACAUGGAUUUCUGCAGGGCUAGACUUCAGCUCUGAUGAUUCAGUACUGACAGUUGGAGCAAAAAAAUGCCAAAUUUUAUGUAAAAAGCCAUGGCUUGACAUUUUUCAGUGCAUCUCAUUUUUUGUUUCCCAUGCAAAA